GUUACAUCAGCCAGGUACACAGUGUGUCUCCCCUCAGUUACAUCAGCCAGGUACACAGUGUGUCUCCCCUCAGUUACAUCAGCCAGGUACACAGUGUGUCUCCCCUCAGUUACAACAACCAGGCACACAGUGUGUCCCCCGCUCAGUUACAUCAGCCAGGCACACAGUGUGUCUCCCCUCAGAUACAUCAGCCAGGUACACAGUGUGUCUCCCCUCAGUUACAUGAGCCAGGUACUGUGUGUCUCCCCUCAGUUACAUCAGCCAGGCACACAGUGUGUCUCCCCUCAGUUACAUCAGCCAGGUACACAGUGUGUCUCCCCUCAGUUACAUCAGCCAGGUACACAGUGUGUCUCCCCUCAGUUACAUCAGCCAGGUACACAGUGUGUCUCCCCUCAGUUACAACAACCAGGCACACAGUGUGUCCCCCGCUCAGUUACAUCAGCCAGGCACACAGUGUGUCUCCCCUCAGAUACAUCAGCCAGGUACACAGUGUGUCUCCCCUCAGUUACAUGAGCCAGGUACUGUGUGUCUCCCCUCAGUUACAUCAGCCAGGCACACAGUGUGUCUCCCCUCAGUUACAUCAGCCAGGUACACAGUGUGUCUCCCCUCAGUUACAUCAGCCAGGUUCACAGUGUGUCUCCCCUCAGUUACAUCAGCCAGGUACUGUGUGUCUCCCCUCAGUUACAUCAGCCAGGUACACAGUGUGUCUCCCCUCAGUUACAUGAGCCAUGUACACAGUGUGUCUCCCCUCAGUUACAUCAGCCAGGUACUGUGUGUCUCCCCUCAGUUACAUCAGCCAGGUACACAGUGUGUCUCCCCUCAGUUACAUGAGCCAUGUACACAGUGUGUCUCCCCUCAGUUACAUCAGCCAGGUACUGUGUGUCUCCCCUCAGUUACAUCAGCCAGGUACACAGUGUGUCUCCCCUCAGUUACAUCAGCCAGGUAUACAGUGUGUCUCCCCUCAGUUACAUCAGCCAGGUACACUGUGUGUCUCCCCUCAGUUACAUCAGCCAGGUACACGUGUGUCUCCCCUCAGUUACAUCAGCCAGGUGCACAGUGUGUCUCCCCUCAGUUACAUCAGCCAGGUACACACUGUGUCUCCCCUCAGUUACAUCAACCAGGUACACACUGUGUCUCCCCCCAGUUACAACAACCAGGUACACAGUGUGUCUCCCCUCAGUUACAUCAGCCAGGUACACAGUGUGUCUCCCCUCAGUUACAUCAACCAGGUACACACUGUGUCUCCCCUCAGUUACAUCAGCCAGGUACACAGUGUGUCUCCCCCCAGUUACAUCAGCCAGGUACACAGUGUGUCUCCCCCCAGUUACAACAACCAGGUACACAGUGUGUCUCCCCCCAGUUACAUCAGCCAGGUACACAGUGUGUCUCCCCUCAGUUACAUCAGCCAGGUACACAGUGUGUCUCCCCUCAGUUACAUCAGCCAGGUACACAGUGUGUCUCCCCUCAGUUACAUCAGCCAGGUACACAGUGUGUCUCCCCUCAGUUACAACAACCAGGUACACAGUGUGUCUCCCCUCAGUUACAUCAGCCAGGUACACAGUGUGUCUCCCCUCAGUUACAUCAGCCAGGCACACAGUGUGUCUCCCCCCAGUUACAUCAGCCAGGUACACAGUGUGUCUCCCCUCAGUUACAUCAACCAGGUACACAGUGUGUCUCCCCUCAGUUACAUGAGCCAGGUACUGUGUGUCUCCCCUCAGUUACAUCAGCCAGGUACACAGUGUGUCUCCCCUCAGUUACAUCAGCCAGGUACACACUGUGUCUCCCCUCAGUUACAUCAGCCAGGUACACAGUGUGUCUCCCCUCAGUUACAUCAGCCAGGUACACAGUGUGUCUCCCCUCAGUUACAUCAACCAGGUACACACUGUGUCUCCCCUCAGUUACAUCAGCCAGGUACACAGUGUGUCUCCCCCAGUUACAUCAGCCAGGUACACAGUGUGUCUCCCCCCAGUUACAACAACCAGGUACACAGUGUGUCUCCCCUCAGUUACAUCAGCCAGGCACACAGUGUGUCUCCCCCCAGUUACAUCAGCCAGGUACACAGUGUGUCUCCCCUCAGUUACAUCAACCAGGUACACAGUGUGUCUCCCCUCAGUUACAUCAGCCAGGUACUGUGUGUCUCCCCUCAGUUACAUCAGCCAGGUACACAGUGUGUCUCCCCUCAGUUACAUCAGCCAGGUACACAGUGUGUCUCCCCUCAGUUACAUCAGCCAGGUACACAGUGUGUCUCCCCCCAGUUACAUCAGCCAGGUACACAGUGUGUCUCCCCCCAGUUACAUCAGCCAGGUACACAGUGUGUCUCCCCUCAGUUACAUCAACCAGGUACACAGUGUGUCUCCCCUCAGUUACAUCAGCCAGGUACUGUGUGUCUCCCCUCAGUUACAUCAGCCAGGUACACAUUGUGUCUCCCCUCAGUUACAUCAGCCAGGCAUACAGUGUGUCUCCCCUCAGUUACAUCAGCCAGGUACACAGUGUGUCUCCCCUCAGUUACAUCAACCAGGUACACAGUGUGUCUCCCCUCAGUUACAUCAGCCAGGUACUGUGUGUCUCCCCUCAGUUACAUCAGCCAGGUACACAGUGUGUCUCCCCUCAGUUACAUCAGCCAGGUACACAGUGUGUCUCCCCUCAGUUACAUCAGCCAGGUACACAGUUUGUCUCCCCUCAGUUACAUCAGCCAGGCACACAGUGUGUCUCCCCUCAGUUACAUCAGCCAGGUACACAGUGUGUCUCCCCUCAGUUACAUCAGCCAGGUACACAGUGUGUCUCCCCUCAGUUACAUCAGCCAGGCACACAGUGUGUCUCCCCUCAGUUACAUCAGCCAGGUGCACAGUUUGUCUCCCCCCAGUUACAUCAGCCAGGCACACAGUGUGUCUCCCCUCAGUUACAUCAGCCAGGUACACAGUGUGUCUCCCCUCAGUUACAUCAACCAGGUACACACUGUGUCUCCCCCCAGUUACAUCAACCAGGUACACAGUGUGUCUCCCCUCAGUUACAUCAGCCAGGUACACAGUGUGUCUCCCCCCAGUUACAUCAGCCAGGUACACAGUGUGUCUCCCCCCAGUUACAUCAGCCAGGCACACAGUGUGUCUCCCCUCAGUUACAUGAGCCAGGUACUGUGUGUCUCCCCUCAGUUACAUCAGCCAGGUACACAGUGUGUCUCCCCCCAGUUACAUCAGCCAGGUACACAGUGUGUCUCCCCCCAGUUACAACAACCAGGUACACAGUGUGUCUCCCCUCAGUUACAUGAGCCAGGUACUGUGUGUCUCCCCCCAGUUACAUCAGCCAGGUACACAGUGUGUCUCCCCUCAGUUACAUCAGCCAGGUACACUUUGUGUCUCCCCUCAGUUACAUCAGCCAGGUACACAGUGUGUCUCCCCCCAGUUACAUCAGCCAGGUACACUUUGUGUCUCCCCUCAGUUACAUCAGCCAGGUACACAGUGUGUCUCCCCCCAGUUACAUCAGCCAGGUACACUUUGUGUCUCCCCUCAGUUACAUCAGCCAGGUACACAGUGUGUCUCCCCCCAGUUACAUCAACCAGGUACACAGUGUGUCUCCCCUCAGUUACAUCAGCCAGGUACACAGUGUGUCUCCCCUCAGUUACAUCAGCCAGGUACACAGUGUGUCUCCCCUCAGUUACAUCAGCCAGGUACACUUUGUGUCUCCCCUCAGUUACAUCAGCCAGGUACACAGUGUGUCUCCCCUCAGUUACAUCAACCAGGUACACGUGUGUCUCCCCUCAGUUACAUCAGCCAGGCACACAGUGUGUCUCCCCCCAGUUACAUCAGCCAGGUACACAGUGUGUCUCCCCUCAGUUACAUCAGCCAGGCACACAGUGUGUCUCCCCCCAGUUACAUCAGCCAGGUACACAGUGUGUCUCCCCUCAGUUACAUCAGCCAGGUACACAGUGUGUCUCCCCCUAGUUACAUCAGCCAGGCACACAGUGUGUCUCCCCUCAGUUACAUCAGCCAGGUACACAGUGUGUCUCCCCUCAGUUACAUCAACCAGGUACACUGUGUGUCUCCCCUCAGUUACAUCAGCCAGGUACACAGUGUUUCUCCCCUCAGUUACAUCAACCAGGUACACAGUGUGUCUCCCCUCAGUUACAUCAGCCAGGUACACAAUGUGUCUCCCCUCAGUUACAUCAACCAGGUACACACUGUGUCUCCCCUCAGUUACAUCAGCCAGGUACACAGUGUGUCUCCCCCCAGUUACAUCAGCCAGGUACACAGUGUGUCUCCCCUCAGUUACAUCAUCCAGGUACACAGUGUGUCUCCCCUCAGUUACAUCAGCCAGGUACACAGUGUGUCUCCCCUCAGUUACAUCAGCCAGGUACACAAUGUGUCUCCCCUCAGUUACAUCAGCCAGGUACACAGUGUGUCUCCCCUCAGUUACAUCAGCCAGGUACUGUGUGUCUCCCCUCAGUUACAUCAGCCAGGUACACAGUGUGUCUCCCCUCAGUUACAUCAGCCAGGUACACAGUGUGUCUCCCACCAGUUACAACAACCAGGUACACAGUGUGUCUCCCCUCAGUUACAUCAGCCAGGUACACAGUGUGUCUCCCCUCAGUUACAUCAGCCAGGUACACAGUGUGUCUCCCCUCAGUUACAUCAGCCAGGUACACAGUGUGUCUCCCCUCAGUUACAUCAGCCAGGUACACUGUGUGUCUCCCUUCAGUUACAUCAACCAGGUACACGUGUGUCUCCCCUCAGUUAGAUCAGCCAGGUUCACAGUGUGUCUCCCCUCAGUUACAUCAGCCAGGUUCACAGUGUGUCUCCCCUCAGUUACAUCAGCCAGGUACACUGUGUAUCUCCCCUCAGUUUCAUCAGCCAGGUACACAGUGUGUCUCCCCUCAGUUACAUCAGCCAGGUACACAGUGUGUCUCCCCUCAGUUACAUCAGCAAAGCACACUGUGUGUCUCCCCUCAGUUACAUCAGCCAGGUACACAGUGUGUCCUUUUCUCUGUUGAGAUGAUACAAGUUGUUUUCUAAGAGUUACUACAAUGUAAUUGACAUUACCACUUGAACAAGCCUACCUACCUAUGUGUUUGUUUUGUAUCUGAAAAUAGUGUUUGUUUCCUUUCUUGGUACUGUUAUAUCAAAGCUAGAUGACUCGUGUUAUAUCUUCCCAAUAUCAUUUUAAGGGAAUGAUUUCAAUGUCAAACUGGAUUCCUUCUCCAUGUGGAGAAUACAUUACACAAUCAUUGUUGCCAUCUAAAGCCAAUGGACAUGUUUCCUUCUGCACAAGUGUAAGUGAGCCCCUGGUGAGUUGAUUCAACAUG